AUGACUGCACGUUUUCCGCAAGAGUUGCUUGAGCUUGUUGUGGACAAGUUAGCCAGCAUGCAGGACAUCAAAGCAUGCGCAUUGGCCGGAAGGGUCUUGCUACGUUGCGCCAGAACUCACCUCUUUCGCAAAACCAGAAUUGUCCCGCCAGUGCAUUCUAGUUCGAGUUCAGACCUUGUACAAGAGCGCGGAGCGACGUCUACGGAGCUCAAGCAGUGCUUAGCGUCUAGACCUGGAAUCGCACGCAUGAUACAGCAUCUCGAAAUUGUCACUGUUGGCGCUGAGACGAGUUUCCAGUAUGACGAAGACGGACAAUACCUGGAGGAACGGCAGAUACCCUGGAUCAUGGCGGAUGAGCAUUUAGCAACGAUCUUACCCCUUCUUUGCUCAUUGGAGCAUAUCGCGCUAAUCGAGAACGCGCCAGCGGAAUGGAAUAGUAUUGGACAGUAUUCUCUGGACUGGACCGCGCUCGGUGAGCCGCUUCGCCACGCGCUGACCGCAAUAUUUGCUUCUAGAUCGCUCCGGUCUGUGCAUAUCCGCGGGUUGGUUAUCCAGUCGCCAGUUGGGUUGCUCGCACUUUUCAGUGAAGCCACUUGCCUGGUCGCGCUUUCGCUUUCCCGCAUCCACUACACACAACACUGGGAUCAGCGGGAUCCAUGGCCCCCAGCAGCAACGUGGGCACCGAAAAUCGAAACAUUGCGACUAGCGGAUUUGGACAGCGACGUGACCUGCCGCUAUUUCCUCCACUCACAAAUCGACCUGAGCCGUAUCACGUCGUUCACGCUGGCCACCGAAAACCCCGAGUGGCGGAGCGAGUUUGUAGACGUGGUGGCCUGUCAGCGCCCUGCCCCGCUGACACAUUUAGCACUCUGGGUUAUGAGGAAUGAUGUGUCGCAAAUGUCAACCUGGCUGUCAUACGCGCACACUACAGGUCAUCUGCGCUCGCUGCACCUCUUCGCCAUUGACCUAGACGGUCUAAUGCUACGCUGCACCAGCCUGCCAUUGACCGUCCCGUCUCUCGAGUUGAUUAUUCUGGAGGCCAUGGCGCCGCCCAGUGCCGCCGCAUGGACGGAGGCGCUAGAAGGUCAUUCAUGGACUGCUGAUCUCAACAUCUCUACACUUAUUGAGGUCGGCAGCUCUCGCCUGCAGCGCUUCGAAUUCAGGCUCCACUUUCCCGCGCAAGAAUCCCAAUGUUUGUCGUUUGCAAAGUGCACCACUCUAAUCCGGCAUUCUCUCCGCGGACUGCAUCAGGCGGGCGUGCUCUAUAUCGUCCAGUCUCGAGGCAACGACAAAGGGCCGCAUGACGAUUGGGAAUAG